GAAAUUGUGGGAUUUUCUAUCUUUUAUAUAUAUAUAUAUAAGUGAGAAAGAGAAAGAGCAAGGUUUCUCAAGAGACCUUAAAUAAAGCCUUUGUUCCCAAAUUUGAAUAUAUUAAUUUAUAUCAUUCAAAUAACCAAAUCACAAUCAACAUGGCCUUAUUUGACCUCCACCAUCCAUGGCUCUUCGUCUUUGGAGUCUUAGGAAAUGUUAUCUCCAUAUUGGUCUUCUUAGCUCCAGUUCCAGCAUUCAGACGAAUUUGCAAAGAAAAAUCAACGAUGGGUUAUCAAUCAGUACCUUACGUGGUAGCACUAUUUUCAUCGAUGUUAUGGAUGUAUUAUGCAUUUAUCAAGAAAAAUGCAAUUCUUCUAGUCUCCAUCAACUCCUUUGGUUGCAUUGUUGAGACCAUUUACAUUACGAUUUUCAUUCUCUACGCAUCCAAGGAGGCUAGGAGGCAAACGGUGCAACUUUUGGUAUUAUUGAUCGGAGGAUUAUACACACUCAUAUUUUUAAUCACUUUAUUUCCUCUGAAUGGAGUCCUACGCGUACAAGUUGUUGGUUGGAUUUGUGUAACCGUAGCAGUGGGUGUUUUUGCAGCACCUCUUAGCAUCGUGUUUCAAGUGGUUCGAACAAAGACUGUGGAAUUCAUGCCUUUCACCCUCUCUUUCUUUCUUACUUUGAGUGCUAUCAUGUGGUUUGGCUAUGGACUCCUCCUUAAGGACUUGUGUAUUGCAUUGCCGAAUGUAUUGGGUUUUUUUCUGGGAAUGAUUCAAAUGUUGUUAUAUGGAAUUUACCGGAACGCGAAGCCAGCGAUAGAUUUAGAGAAAAAAGUUUGUGAGCAUGUAGUAAACUCGGAGCAGAUUUAUCCUGUUGAUUCCGAGGACGUUAAUUCCAACGAUACAGAGGAAAUUAACAUGGCCGCUAUAGUUCCAGUAGUGGUGGCAAAUAACAAUGAGAAUGAGGAGAGACUUGGUGAUGACGUAGCACAAGUGAAGUUGCAGCCCUUUCAAACACCGGUGCUUGUGGUGUGUGCUGCAUGAAUUUUACUCUUUUAUUAUUUACUUCUAUGUUUCAUUGCUUUUUUGUUUAUUUAUUUGUAAUUUAUAGUAUUAUAUAUAUAUCAUCCUACCCUACCUACAAAUUUCGUUUCCAUUUCUCUGUAGAAAGAGGAAAAGAGAAAUAUUAUGAAUCAAAAGGCCCUUAAAUAUAUCUUACAUAAUCUCAAUCAACAA